AUGUCUACUUCUAAAGUUACCCGUCCCACCAACCCCGACGGCCUCGUCCUCGAAGCCUGGGGCCAGGGCUUGAUGGUCGGCAGCCUGCUUGUCAUGGCCGCGGUCACGGUGUGCAACAUGAAAAAGCACAUCCUGCUGCACAAGCUGAUCCUUGCUGAACUCAUCCUGGCAAUGCCCCACAACACUUUCAUCUUCACGCACGAACCUGUUUAUGGCUGGUACCUUUCAGUCACAGCCAUCGGCCUCAAUGUCUCCUGGGCCCUGCACAACGUGAUUGCGUGGAUGAAGAACCGCCCGUUCCUCUCCCGCCGCCUCUCGCUCAUCUACAUCAUCACUGUUGUUCUUUCCUGGCCUUACUGGGUGGCGGAGAUCUACGCCAAUUUCACUUACUUCAACAACAUCAACACCGUCUUCCUGAUCACUCGACCGUGGGAGCCUCUGUUUCGUGACCCGUGGUGGGUUGCCACUACUGUCUCGCUCUUCUGGACUAUCAAGUGCGAGUACAACUUCGGGAUCUGGGAGCUGGUCAGGGUCUCACCUCGCUUUGGAAUUAUGCUGCUGUCAAUGUGCCUGUCUAUUGCCUUUAUCGUCGUCGACACCUGUAGUGUGGUGAACGUGUUCAGCAAUGCACUCCCGACCGGCAUUGAGCCUUUCUGGAAGCUGGCUUUCCUUUUCAAGUGCCUCUGCGACACCGUCAUCCUGGACGACUUCAAGACAGCGCUAGAUCAUAUCCGCAAGUACUGGCUCCGCAAGCAGCAGUCUGCGUCCGAGGUCUUCCUCACCAGUCCCAUCAGCCCAUUCUCUGAUCGCGUGCCUAUCCCCCCACAGUUGCACACUCCACCUCGCGGAAGACGUGCACCUGCUGCCCGGGAGCAUCACGACGAUAUCGAAGUGGACAUACUCUCCCUACGCUCUCGACCGAUGGAAGUCGGCAUGCUCUCCCCGCACUCCCAACUGAUGGAAGCUGACAUAUUCUCCCCGCGCCCUCGAGCGGAGAAACUCCACUCAUCGCUACGGGUUACCCUGACGGAGGAGGUCUGA